AUGGUCACUGAUAUUUUCGUUGGUUUUUCUCUAGUUUCAGCUCUUAUCUUUUUAGUGAGUGUCCCUCUAAACUUCCUUGUUUUGUUAGUGUUCUACAGAAACAAGCACCUUUGCAAUCCACCGAACGUCUUCUUGAUAAGUGUUGCCGCCAGCGAUUUGUUUUGUUCUGUAUCUACGCUUCCUUUUUACGUUGUAGCAAACGCCUACGGAAAAUGGAUUUAUGGAGAUGUUGGGUGCACAUUGAUCGCAUUCGUCGCUUGUUUGUCGGGUUUAGCGUCGUUAAUGCAUUUAGCUGCAGCAUCCUACGAGAGAUAUGUCGCUUUAGUGCAUCCUCUAAACAGUCAAAAAUUUACGGUUAGAUACGCUGCUCGGAUUUCGUUGGCUAUGUGGCUGUACGCUUUGUUUUGGAGUCUAAUGCCUUUGUGUGGCUGGUCAGGCUUUGAACAAGAAGGAAUCGGCACAAGUUGUUCAGUGAGAUGGAAAUCACGACGCAUGUUGGAUUUGUCCUAUAACAUUUGCUUGUUACUGGCUUGUUAUGUGUUGCCCGUAAGCGUCAUGUGUUUCUCUUAUGUGAAAUGUUGUAGAGAAAUUAAGACUGGAGCGAAAUGUGCAAAAGAAUUGUGGGGAAGGUCAUCCAGCUUUACAAGAAAGACAUUUGAAACUGAGAGAAGGAUGGCUAGAUUGUUUGGUGUCAUGACUUUGGCUUUUCUUGGGGCGUGGACACCAUAUGCGGUCGUGUCUUUUAUGGCUAUGAUUGGUGGACCUCAUGUCAUAAGUGACGUCGCAGCAUCAACCCCCGCAUUCCUUGCCAAAACGUCAGCUUGUCUCAGCCCAAUUAUCUAUGUCUUUCUGUACAAAAGGUUGCGACGGCAAAUUUAUUCCUUGUUACGAAAGGCAAGAAGAGUUACACGGAGUAAAUCAAGGGACUUGCCAGGCGGGUAG